AUGUUGUUAAGUGUAUUGCUAUUUGUGGCUGUUGUGGGAGCUGAUAGGAGACAUCUACCUCCAACUUGUGAUAGUAACAUCUAUUGCCAUGGGCCAUUACUGGAAACUGUACAAAUGGCAGGCCUGUACAAUGACUCCAAAACCUUCGUGGAUAUGAAGAUAAAGUCGUCUCCGAAGAUCACCAUGGACCGCUUUCAUGAAAUGAUGAACAGGCUGCGUACAUUUUUGUAUUUCACGCUGAUAUUUCUGAGUUUGUUAGGAGCCAAUUUUGACCCUGAGGGUUCGGAGUUCGAAGAAUGGACACCGACAGACUGGAAAAAUAAUCCUGCGUUCCUAGAAAAAAUUAAGGAUCCCCUCCUUCACCAAUGGGCUUCUGAUCUGAAUAAGUUAUGGUUAGAGCUGGGCAGAAAGAUGAAGGAUGAGGUCAAGCAUAAUCAGGAUCUCUACUCUAUCAUUUAUGUUGAUAACCCGUUUAUUGUCCCUGGUGGACGAUUCCGUGAGUUCUACUACUGGGAUUCCUAUUGGAUCAUCAAGGGUCUACUUCUUUCCGAGAUGCAUUCUACUGCUCGUGGGAUGGUCAGCAAUUUCUUGGAUGUAGUGGACCGGAUUGGCUUCAUACCCAAUGGAGGGAGAAUUUAUUAUAAGAUGAGAUCUCAGCCACCACUUCUAAUUCCAAUGGUAAAGUUAAUUUUUGACGAUUCCGGAGACGUGGAAUACUUGAGGCAGCACAUACAUACUCUAGACCGCGAGUUUGACUAUUGGGUCACAAAUCACACAGUCGAUUUUGAGUAUGAUGGACAAAAUUACCAACUUAUGAGGUAUACAGAUAUGUCGCAAGGACCCAGACCCGAAAGUUACAAAGAAGACAUUGACUGUGCUAAGCACUUUGACUCGCCCGAUAAAAAAGAGGAAUUGUACGCGGAACUAAAAGCAGCGGCGGAAUCAGGAUGGGACUUCUCGUCUAGAUGGUUCAUACUCAAUGGAACAAAUAAGGGGAAUCUAACAAACCUUAAGACUCGGUCGAUCAUCCCAGUUGACUUGAAUGCAAUAAUAUCUUGGAACGCUGAACUAAUGGCUGACUUCCAUUUAAGACUUGGGAACACGGCGAAGGCAGACUACUAUAAAGAUGUUCACGCUUCAUUGUUGCAAGCUAUUGAAAAUGUCCUAUGGCACGAGGACGUCGGUGCCUGGUUAGACUUUAACUUAGAGUCUAGACGUCGAAGAGACUAUUUCUAUCCUUCAAACAUCGCUCCUUUAUGGACUGGCUGCUAUGACAGAGCGAGAAAGGAAUACUAUGUCAAUCGAGUCAUUAAUUAUUUGGAUAAAGUCAAGGUGGACAUCUUCGAAGGCGGUAUACCUACGACGUUUGAGCAUUCCGGAGAGCAGUGGGACUAUCCCAAUGCCUGGCCUCCUCUGCAAUACAUUUUCGUGGUGGGAUUGGACAACACCGGCUUACCAGAGGCUAAACGAUUGGCUAAUGAAUUGGCUACGAAGUGGGUUCGGUCGAAUUUCGAGGUGUGGAAGGUGAAGACUGCUAUGUUGGAAAAGUAUGAUGCGACGAUUUUCGGUGGAUUUGGUGGAGGCGGUGAAUAUGUACUGCAGACAGGUUUUGGAUGGACCAAUGGAGUGGUUAUGGCUCUGCUAAAUCGAUAUGGAGCUGAUGCGUUCGCUGAACGAGCGGGUCUUGAACUCGUUGGUGCGCACGUAGGUGCCUGGAGCGAAAAUGGCCACUGCGGUACUCAAUGGUUUAUGACAUCCAUCGCCCGGUGCUUUAUGGUGAGUUUGAUGGUGUAUAGAAAGCGAAGUGGAUACACGCCACUUUCAAAUGGGGAAGAUGUGAAGCUCCUCUCACGUAGACCUUACACAGAAUUACGGAGCCUCAAUGGAACUUCAGACCCCAGGCAACGGUGA